CUUACUGACGACUGAGGAAUCUGCUCCGCCUGCAGGUGGAUUUCGACGUGUCACCGGAGUUGCAUUAGCCGACGGGUAGAAGCUACUCCGAGAUUUUAAGCACAGUCUUGAUCUGAGGCACUUGUCCGUAUUGCCGAAAGGAAUAGGCAUAGCACCAAAGACCACGAGAUAAACUUGCGAAGCCCGGACAAAGGGUGCCAGAGCCCGUUCUCGGCCUUCAACGUCUCGUUUGGUUCAGCCCGUUAGCCCUGACGCUCUUCAGUCACGCUCAAAUUGCUCGUACCAACGAGCAAAGGCACGCAUUUCCUUGACCGGCUUCUGAACCAUGGCGUCGGAAUUCCAAGCUCGACUCAACCUUGUCCCGAUGGCGGCUAAGACUCGGCGGUCCGUGGCUUGCAAUCACUGUAGGGCCAAGAAGAUCAGGUGUAAUGGCAACACACCAUGCGCGAACUGUCAGGAUCGUGCCGAAGAAUGUGUCGUCACGCCUCGAAGGCGUCCACGCGUCCAGGGUAGUAGGAAGCCUGAUGAGCGCAUAGUUGGACACCAAAGCUCCAACGCUUUUUCUGAGACGAGCGACUAUGUGGCGGACCCUCCUGCAAAUCAGGCGAACUUCAGCAUUUCACCUUCACAACCACUUAUCUUUAUUCCUCAGCAGCCUGAGUGUCCGAUCGAAGCGCCAGAAGAGGAGUGUGAGCCAUCGAUCGAUGUCUUUGACAAUCAUGAUGUUGGGCAAGAGGAUAACAGUCUCUAUGCCACAGACACGCUCAAUCUCGAAUACUACGGCCCGCGGUGUAUGCUGUCUUUCUGCUCUCAGCCUGGAGUGGAAUGGGUGACUUCCAAAGUCAAAUUGUCAGACUACUCCAGCACGGUGAAGCGUCUUGUUUUAGAUUCGGCUCGAAUGCUCAAAAUGAGCGGCACAUUGUCGUUUUCUCGAGAACCUGACCCUUGUCCAGAAGUUGCAUGGCAAUACACUAACGCUUACUUUGAAGAGGGACUGGACCGUUCCUUUGGCGUGGUAGAGCGCACUCUGUUUGAGGGCCGUCUUCGCGCGCAUUUCAAUGGCACGCAUAACCCUGUCACAGACGAUAAGGCCUGGUACGCGUUAUGCAACGUCGUUUGGGCGCACGGGUGUCGAAUUGUUCUUUCCAAGACAAAACCCUUUCGCGAGACUUUGCAAGCCUCGUGGGCCUUUUUCGAAAAUGCACUCUCUGUGCAUACUGAGACCUUUUUCUUGCAUACAUCCCUGAUGAGUGUGCAGGCUCUUAUACUGAUGGCAUACUUCAGUGAGGGCAUAGGUAAGAUAUCUCUACAGUAUACUUUGUGUACAGACGCCAUGCGACUUGCGUGCUCGAAGGGACUACAUAGACAGCCUUCUCAUUCCUGGAAACUCUCUCCACAUGAAGUCACGCAUAGAAACUGGAUGUUCUGGGCCAUUUACUGUCUGGAGAAACACAUUUGCUCCCGUUCUGGUCGCCCGUCGAUCAUGGACGAUGACGAGAUAAGCUGCCAGGUGCCACUCAGUGCACUCAACGGACGGUCGAGCGAUACCUUUUACUGUCACACGCUUAUCAAGAUGAUGCAGCUAGCUUCCACUGCUAAGAAGCGCCUUUCAAGCGCACGCGCUCUCCGACAAACGACUGAACAACUGAUCAAAACAGUCCGCAAGUUGAGGAAGGACCUCGCAGAUUUCAAGUGCUCAGUGCAGCAGAGAAUGUGCCUGGACGGCGCACUCGACGCUUCCGAAUUACCAGCCGGCCUUACGCUACGUGAGGCCCAAUCUCUUCAGGCGCAUUACUUCUGUCUGGUGCUAGACGUCAAUACUCCUUUGACUUAUCCUUGGUCAGGAAUAUCCACUUACUUGGCAGACAAUGCAGCUGCUGCUUGCCAAGUGGAGGCUUCACGUAACGAAGUUGCCCAUGCCUCACGUUCUGCUAUUCUGGCUACCAGACAGGUCCAAAUUGACUGUAAUUGCUCUGCCUUAAUUGCACGGUACACGCCCGUGUACUGUUUCAUGAACCUCUUCGUUCACAUUUUACAAGACACAAAAAUGUCUACUGUUCCGUCGGACCUAGUACUUUUGGACAUUGCCUUCGGAUACUUCUCCAACCUGGAAUUUGUGACUGGUCUCGAAUUGUCGCGCGUUUUCGUGAGAGAUAUGUGCAACUUUGCCCGCCUUGCUGUGGAACAUGAGGAAUCCCAGAGCCAAAUGAACAACCGAGAACGAGCAGGUGACCAGACUUCUCCAACUGCAAACUUGAUGAUCGAUCCUGUGGACUUUGACGACACAAGCACUCUUCCAUUCUACGAAAGCGACUUCUUUGGAUCACUUCCGACCGAAGAUCUUGAGUCGUGGAGCACUCUCAUUCCGUUCGAGGAAUCCGAUGUCAUGAUGUUUUAGUUUGGUUUGGUCAAAGCAGUGUUAGUGAAACAGAAGUGGUGUUGAACUGGGCAAAAGGCGACUCACAACCCCUGGAAAUCCAAAGCUCAUGCUGGGGGAUAUCUUAUCAUUCAAUUGUGUAUAUGCUAGACUCUGCGGGGGAUCAUCCGUCAUGGACACCCAAAGAAUCUUAACCGACGUCUGAUGCCGGACUUGCCAUUGCCCAUAUCUUGUGACACUUGGUUCCAUGCGAUGUAGCAUAUGCAUAAGAGAAUGCGGAUCGUGCAAAUAUAAAACAUCG